AUGACCUCUCCUGUAGGUCCACCGCCAUACUACGAGAAUCAUGGCUUUCAGCCAGAACACAUGUAUCCUGCCAGGCAGGCAGUGGGUGCUAAUCCAUAUCCACCAUACUACUCCACAAACGCUCCAUCAGUGCCAAGCUACGUCCCAAGGGUUGUCACCCACCAGUCGACUAGGCCAGUAGAACAUUCGUCUGGGAGAACGUGUGCCUCAAGUUUAAAGAAAACCAUAAUCAUUAUAUUAUCUAUUUUAAUAGUAAUUUGUUGUGCAAUUGCUGCUUUCUUCAUCUGGUAUUUUGUAGAGAAUCAUUGUCUCAGCUCCCUAAUUGAGUGUGGAUCUUCAGGGGUGUGCAUGCCAGCCUCGCAGUGGUGUGACGGAGUGAGCGACUGCCCCAACGGGGAGGAUGAGACGCGGUGUGUUAGACUUUUUGGACCAAAUUUUAUCCUGGAAGUUUAUUCACCUGUCAGCAAAUCCUGGUAUCCUGUUUGUCAAGAUAACUGGAAUGAUGAUUAUGGGAAGAUUGCAUGUAAAGACAUGGGCUACAACGUGGAUACUUAUUACUACAGUCGUGGAGUAGUACCUGAAGUCAACUUUAAAAGCUACAUGAAGCUGAACACAAGUGCUGGGAACAUAGACUUGUACAAAAAGCUGUACAGCAGUGAUUUCUGUGCAUCAGGAAAUGUGGUUUCUCUGCGCUGCAUAGAGUGUGGCCUGUCCACGAAGAGCGUGAGCAUUAUGAACAGGAUCGUGGGUGGCAGUGGGGCUGUGCUGGGGCAGUGGCCAUGGCAGGUCAGUCUCCACGUGCAGGGUGUCCACGUCUGUGGGGGCUCCAUCAUCACGCGCCAGUGGAUCGUGACGGCGGCACACUGUGUGGAGGGCCGAUUUUCUGACCCCCACAGCUGGAGGGCCUAUGCUGGGAUUCUGAAUCAGGAUGAGAUGCUCUUUAAAAAUGGAUACAGAGUGCAACAGAUAAUUUCCCAUCCGGAGUAUGACACAGAUUCUAAAGACAAUGAUGUUGCCCUUAUGAAGUUAGAGACACCACUGAGCUUUACUGAUACUGUGCAGCCAGUUUGUCUGCCUAAUCCAGGAAUGAUGUUCCAGCCUAAUCAGCAGUGCUGGAUAUCAGGGUGGGGAGCAGAGUAUCAAGGAGGUAAAACAUCAAAUAACUUGAAUUAUGUCUCAGUGCCCCUAAUAGAACGUUCAAGGUGUAAUUCUGUCUAUAUCUAUAAUGGCAUGAUCUUGCCUACAAUGAUCUGUGCUGGAGAUUUAGCAGGAGGAAUCGAUUCCUGUCAGGGGGACAGUGGAGGUCCACUAGUGACUAACAAAAACUCUGUGUGGUGGCUGGUUGGAGAUACCAGCUGGGGAACUGGCUGUGCUACUCCCAAUAAACCUGGAGUCUACGGGAAUAUGACUGUGUUUACAGACUGGAUUUAUAAAAAUAUGCAGGCAAACAGAUGACAACGCUGUCUGUCCUUGCUGAUGGAUGUUUCUGAGGACAAGAAUAAAUGAAGCCAUGGGUGCCUGGGAUAUUUAUUCACUUUGCAAUUGAUUUUUUUUUUCCUCUUUGAAUUUUCUUUUU